GUGCCCUGUACUGUGCCGUGAGGAGUUUCUCUGCUAAGGAGAGUGAUGAGGUGUCUGUGCCCAUUGGCUCUGUGGUGGAGGUGCUGAGGAAGUCUGACGAUGGCUGGUGGCUCAUCAGAUUCAAUGGCAAAGCAGGUUACGUCCCCUCCAUGAACCUGCAGCCAUACAACAACCCACGGGCCGGCCUUUACAGUCUGCAGAGUAAGCUGCACAGCUCCACUCUGAACCUGGCAAUUCAGGCACCUCGUCGACCCAGCACCAACGAAGACGGCCCACAGCAGGAUUCAGCAGGUCGGUCCAGAGGAGAGCCCAGUGUGCCCGGGCGUCUCCACAAGGCCCGAUCUCUGGAUGUCCUCUCUGAGACCUGGACCCAAACACAGAUGGAGAGGGAUGCCCCCACCUCAGAUGGUCGUGCACGCAGUGGAAGCAGCACAAGCACUGAGAUCAGCUUCUCAGGCUUCUCCUCAAGCAGCGAAUCAACCUCAAGUUUAGCAGAGAGCCGUUUAGGCAGUCCUGCAGCCUCAUCCCAGGCUAGUGUCAGCAACAGCGGGAGAAGCAGCCCUGAUCUCAGCCUCUCUGACCGCCGCGGCUCCAACACCAGCACUGACACCUCUGUAUCUGUCAGCUCCAAAGGCAGUGAGACGGCUUCAAUCGCUCCCAGGAUGCCACCCAGACCCAAAACCGAGGAGAUCCUGACCCGCUGCACCACCAUGACCCGAAAGGCAGCCCUGGCCACCAAGACCCGGCUUCAGAUUCAGCCAGAGCCCAUCCACAGCCGCUAGGCAAUCACAAGCCCUUGUUUUAUUAAGUAUGCAUGUAACAUG